AAAACAAUGGUUCAAAAGGAGAAGGCGUUGGAGACUCCGCCAUUAGACGUUGAACAGAGCCCCAGCCCAGUCUCCGGAGAGGCUUGUGUGGAGGCCCCGGGCCCAGCGGAGGAUUCCGGAAUUGGUGUCGAAUCAACGGGACACAGAAAAUUCAUUAGCGGAGUUGUGGAAGGCUUUUAUGGUCGACCAUGGACCAUGGAGCAAAGAAAAGAGUUAUUCAGAAGGCAGCAGAAAUGGGGUCUGAGCACAUAUCUUUACGCACCCAAAGAUGACUACAAACACAGAAUGUUCUGGAGAGAACUCUAUUCAGUGGAAGAAGCAGAGCAACUGAUGACAUUGAUUAGUGCUGCCAAAGAGUAUGGAAUAGAAUUUAUCUAUGCCAUUUCCCCUGGAUUAGACAUCACCUUCUCAAAUCAGAAAGAGGUAUCAGCACUAAAGAGGAAACUUGAUCAGGUUUCUCAUUUUGGCUGCAAGUCAUUUGCCUUACUUUUUGAUGAUAUUGACCACAAUAUGUGCCCUGCCGACAAAGAAGUAUUCAGUUCUUUUGCACACGCUCAGGUUUCUAUUACCAAUGAAAUCUACCAAUACCUGGGAGAGCCUGAGACCUUCCUCUUCUGCCCCACAGAGUACUGUGGAACCUUCUGCUACCCAAAUGUGCCGCAGUCCCCGUACCUUCACACAGUAGGAGAAAAAUUGCUGCCCGACAUCGAUGUUUUAUGGACAGGCAAGUGGCCCAAAGUGGUGUCCAAAGACAUUCCAGUGGAGUCUAUUGAGGAGGUGUCAAAAAUCUUAAGAAGAGCCCCUGUAAUCUGGGACAAUAUCCAUGCCAAUGAUUACGACCAGAAGAGGCUUUUUCUUGGUCCUUACAAAGGUCGCUCCACAGAGCUCAUCCCCAGACUGAAGGGGGUUCUCACCAAUCCCAACUGCGAGUUUGAAUCAAACUUUGUAGCAAUCCACACUUUGGCCACAUGGUACAAGUCCAAUAUGAAUGGGGUUCGCAAGGAUGUGGUCAUGACCGAUGGGGAGGAUAGCACCGUGUCCAUCCAAAUCAAGUUGGAAAAUGAAGGCAGCGAUGAAGAACUGGAGACAGACAUGCUGUACAGCCCACAGCUUGCUCUAAAACUGGCUCUUGCAGAGUGGCUUAGUGAAUUCGGUGUGCCUCAUCAAUACAACAGCCGACAGGUGCCUCAAAGUGGUGCGAAAAGCACAGUCAUCAAUGUAUCCUCUAUGGUGGCUCCCUCUCUCUGCUCUUCUACGUCAGUCACAACUGUGUUCCAGCAGCCCAUCAUGUCGCCAGCAAUUCCCCCCCUUUGCCUGGAUCCUCUCCCACACCCCAUGACAAAAACACCUCAGGAGGAAGAGGAAGUGGAGGUUGAAAAGAAGGAUUCAGAUGAGGAGCCCAUGGAGAUGGUGGUUGAGAAGCAGGAUGAACCUGAAGCAGGGGCUGAUCCAGAGGAGAAAAACAUUGUUCCCAUCUUGGCAGACAAAAUGUCAGAGGACUUAAAGCCAAUGGACACGGACAAGGAGAGUCUGGCAGAGUCCAAAUCUCCCGAGGAGUCAAUCCAAGAAGACUGUGGAAGUGAUAUUGCCCCCAUGCAGACAGAUGAUCAGCUCAAACAGGUACUGCUAAAACUUGAUAUUUUUGUACCUGGGCCGGAUGAGAAGCCACUGUUCAUGGCAGAGCCCCUGACACUUGAAGACUUGUGCUUGCUGGCAGAGCUCUUUUAUCUGCCUUAUGAACAUGGACCCAAAGCCAUGCAAAUGUUAAAGGAAUUCAACUGGCUGAGAGCAAACAGCAGUGUCGUCAGUGUCAACUGCAAAAGAAAGGAAAGUGAAAAGGUUGCAGAAUGGCAGCUGCGAGCUGAGAAGUUUGAGGAGAUGUGCUGCUCUGUCAUCCAUAUGUUCACACGACUGUCUAAUACAGCCAACCGCACCAUCCUCUAUGACCUCUACCCUUACAUUUGGGACAUCAAGAGCAUCAUUUCUAUGGUCAAGUCUUUUGUUCAGUGGCUAGGGUGUCGUAGUCAGUCCUCAGCACAAUUCCUUAGAGGAGACCAAGAGCCCUGGGCCUUUAGGGGAGGUCUAGCAGGAGAGUUCCAGAGGUUGUUGCCAAUAGAAGGAGCAAACGAUCUUUUCUACCAACCUCCACCAUCUUUGCCAACAUCCAAAAUCUAUACCAUAAGGCCGUACUUUCCUAAAGAUGAGUCUGCAGUCUAUAAAAUAUGUAGGGAAAUGUACUGUGAAGGAAUGGAGGAUGUGCCAUUCUCUGAGGAGGAUGGGGACCUCGUUGGAGACAGGUUGGUCGGAGGACUCCUGACAUUGAGUUCAGACUAUGGGUUUGUGCUGGAGGACGAUGAGGGGAUCUGCGGUUAUGCUCUUGGCACAGUAGAUGUUAAACCCUUCAUCAAGAAGUGCAAGUUGAACUGGAUUCCCUUCAUGCAGGAGAAAUACCACAAACCAGAGGGUGAAAAGGAGCUGACGGAGGCAGAGAAGUUGAUGCUUAGUUUUCAUGAAGAUGAAGAGGGUCUGCCAGAAUCCUUCCUCUCCAACUUCCCCUCUCUCAUCAAGGUGGACAUUCAUGCCAACGUCACCGACCCCAGUGUGGCCAAGAGCAUGAUGGGCUGUCUCUUAUCUUCCCUAAAGGCGAAUGGAUCCCGCGGUGCAUUCUGUAAGGUUCGUCAGACUGAUAAGCGAAUGCUGGACUUCUACAGUAAGCUGGGAUGCUUUGAAGUGGCCAAAAUGGAGGGCUUUCCCAAAGAUGUCGUCAUUAUGGGACGCAGCCUUUGAGAAAUCGCUGUGAUAAGUAACAAACAGAAGAGGAGCAGAUCGACACAACUUCAAUGUUGGCCACCUUCCGGAGGGAAUCGUUCAUGAUGAUUUUAUACUACAUUACCAUCUGCUCUCACCUGGGAGACCUUCUUUUUAGGAUUUGUGUAAAGCAGCACAGCAGUCGGACACAGAUCCCUGUGCUGCUCUUAAAUGUUAUAGCCCAGCUGGAUGUGGCAGGUCCAGUACGGGAAGGUCUGAAGAGAGAUCUGUAGUCACUCCACUCAUAAAUCGAAAUCUUGGUUUUUGUUGAUUUUUAGGGCCCGUUGCUCGUAUACCUGUAGGCACAGAGAGGAGCUGCCUUUGUAAGCAUUUUUCUGAGUGCAACCAGGAUCCAUUAUGAGGAUCAAGCUCCCCUCUAACACGCAGUGCUGUGCAUGGGGGGGUCUGUCUCAGAGGGUGUCUUCUCACGUCCUGCCGUCCCAUCGGUACAUAGAAAGGCUGUAGAUGUUGAAAGUCGGAGGUCAUACGGGACGUGAGGUGCUAUGAGUAUUUGCCUUUCAGACUCGCAUGGCAGUCCUUCAGUUGCUCCCCUUAGACGUGACAGUAAAGCCUUUGAAGUGGUGUGUCUGGGAGGCUCGGAGUGAAACACCCAGCCUGCACCCAUGAAGGAUGCACAGUUCUACCGUUGGAUGUUUGUGAAACCCUGAACAGAGCAUCACAACAAACCACCAAACAACGGCUGUUGAUGAGAGGGUUCCUCUUUAUUUCUGUUGAAGUAGAUGCCUGGAAAGCAACCGAAAAGCUUGUACAGGUUUUGAAGGAAAAAGCAGAAUUGUCUUGCGCGUUUCCCCCCACAGCUAUUGCCUUUUGGUUUUUGCCUUUUGAUUUUAGGUUGGUACAGCAGAGUGCAGCUUCUCCUGUGAUGCUUUCUAACAUGUGGCAGUUACAUAGCUAAGGAGAAGUUUGUGUGUUUUGACUCGUGUUCCAGAAAUGUAGGCUGACACCGGCGGUCACUUCCUUCAAAUAUGCUCGAAUAGUUCUCCGAGUCAGCCACAGAAAUCCUUAGUAAACCUAAGCUGACUGAAAGCUCAUUUUGUAUAUUAAGUUGUGUAAAAUUACAAAUGUACUAUUAUUGAAACUUUUUUUAAAGUCUUUCUUAAGUUUAAGUAGUUCAGACAGUUUGUUGCACUUUGAUAGUGUUAAAGCUGAAAUCAACGCCUCCUAACAGAAUCACCCAGUGGGACCAAAAUAUUCUGAUCUGCAGUUUAAAGCUCUUUUUUUUGCCAAGUUGUUUUGAAGAUAGUGAGUACUUUUGAUCUGAACCUCCCACUUGUAAAAGUAAUUCAUCCAUAACCACUGAUUGAAGUCCUGAUUUGUUAACAUGUCAUUUUAACUUCAGCCUUAGAUGAAAGUACAUCUGGCACCAAUACCUCCAUUUUCUCUACUUUCUAUUUUGUCUUUUUUUUUUUUUUUUACCCAGUGUUUUUUUUUAAGUCAAGCCUUUGCUUUUUUUUUUUUUUUUUAAGUCACUGAGUAAAGGCCAGUCAAUGGUUCCUAAACGGCUGUGCUGAGAUCUGGAAGCAGGAGUUAGUUGGCCUUGUUCCUCUAAGUGCAGAGCAUGUUUAAUAUUCUCAUAAUUUUUACUUUUCUCCUUUUUAAAAAACAAAAAAAAACAAAAUAAUUUAUCUAAAAGGCACUUGCUAGAAGUCCCCUCUGAAGCUGCCUGUCGGUGUGAUGUUUCAAAAGUGUACAUUUCAUGAUAUGCAUGAGAUGUGUUGGAUUUUCUCUGAUGUAGAUUCAAAAAUAAAUCAUCAGAUACCACAUAGAGGAAGAAGCAUGCCACUUAAAGCAAAGAGGUAGUACUGUUGUGCUUCGACAGUUCAAGAAUGCAGUCAUUUAUGAGGUGCAAAAAUUAUUUUGUUCUUUUUUUCAAACUGUUACAAGCAUUUAACAGUUUCUAUUCAAAAUGAUACAAUAUUCAAUCCCCUGUUCUUCACGGCUGUCCCGCCAUACAGCAGAUCUGUAAGUCCACUGUUUUAAAUGGUUAAAUGGUUUUGCACGAUGUUGAUGCUCAAGAAUCCUGGAUCCAGAAAAACUGAGAGAGAGGGCUGAAGUUGGACAUUAUGACUUUGUGGUUGGAAACGGGUUCAUCAAUGUUACAGGUCGUCAUUGUAAAUUUUCUAUGUAAAAUACUUAACAUUAAAAUUAAUAUCAUAAAAAGCA